AGCAGCAGGACGGCCUUCUCGCCGGAGGACCCGUCUCUGUCGCCAGGCACGAGCGCCGAGCAUCCUCUCCUUUCAUGCUCAAGGUGGGAGCCCAAGACGCUUGCGCCACUCGCCAGCUUGGCAGGCAACUGACACCAUUGUUUCUCCUGCGCACGUCAACCUUGGGUUGCACUCCACGUGGCUUGGCAGAUCCGGGGAAUUUCCUCCGUCGGUGCAUUAGUGGACGAAGUGACUCCCGCUCGAAAGAAGGAAGGUUCAGGAUUUCCAAAAUCGCGGGGUCCUUUCUCGAGAAUGAGCGCGACAGUGACCGAGGAGAUCCGCCUGGAGCGGCUGGACCCAGCGUCUCGGAGCGCUUCGACCCCUGCUUCGUCGCUGGGACACGGCGGAGGCGAUGAGGAUGGUCAGGGCGCAGUCGCGGCCAUCGAUGGCUCGCGGGAGCAACUCGUCUCGGACUUAGCGCCCAUUGAUGGGGGCCGGAAGGCGUGGACGUUUGUGUUUGCCAGCUUCGUCUUUGAGACUAUGAUCUGGGGCCAGUCAUACGCCUACGGUGCCUACCAGAACUACCAUGACCACGAUGUGCGCUCGGCACUGUACGGCAAGGCGUCGCCCGCCGCAACGUCGGCCAUCGGAACCCUCGUCAUUGCCGGGCAGCACUUUGUGCCCCUGCUCACGCGCGGCUUCUUUCGCACAUACCCGCACCUAAUCAAGCGCGUCGCACUUGGCUCCAUCGCACUCAGCUCCCUCUCGCUGCUCGCCGCCAGCUUCCUCGAGGCCCACGUCGCCGCCCUCCUCGUCUUCCAGGGCAUUCUCUACGGCAUUCUCUCGGGCGUCACCUUUACGCCCGUCAUCCUCUGGCUGCCCCAGUGGUUCGACGAGCGGCGCGGCACGGCCAGCGGCAUCAUCUACUCGGGCAGCGGCCUUGGUGGCACCGUUUUCCCGCUUCUCGUGGGCAAGCUCCUCGACGGCGUGGGCUUUGCCUGGACGCUGCGCAUCGUCGCCCUCGUUUCUUUUAUCGCCACCUCGCUGGCCGCGAUGCUCAUGCAGCCCCGUCUGCCCAUUGUCACCGCUCCGAGCUGGCCCCGGCAGACGGUGGUGCGCAGGCUGCUGCCCGAGGGCAUCAAGGCCAUGUGGUCGACGCCCUUUGCUGGCGUGGGCGAGGCCAUCAUCUUCUGCCAGUCGUGCGCCUGGUGCACCAUCUCCCUCUAUAUCUCCACCUACACUUCCUCGCUCGGCUUCAAUGCUACGACGGCCACGGGUAUUCUCUCGGCCUUCAAUGCCUCGGCCACCGUCGGCUACCUCUCCAUCGGCCGUCUCAUCGACAUGACGAGCUACCCUUUUGUCAUGGGCGCCUCCACCCUCACCUGUUCACUAGCCGCUUUUUUACUUCUCGGCUUCUCCCACUCGCUGCCCCUCCUCGUCGCCUUUGUGCUCGUCUUUGGCCUCGCCGGCGGUGGCUUCACCACCUUCCUCACCCCGCUCAGCACCGACUUGGCCAAGCUCAACAGCCAGGACCUCGGCACAAUCUACCUUGCCCUCAUCUUUGUCCGCGGCACCGCUGCUGUCGGUGGGCCCCUUGUCGGUGCCGCGCUUUACGAUGAGGGGGAGCUGGGCAAUUUCGCCCUCUAUGGCGCCCACGGCUUCCGCGACGUCAUCAUUUUUGUUGGCACGGGCAUGAUCAUCGCCUGCGGCCUCGCCAUUGCUGCCUGGCUUCUCCGGCGAAAAUGGAUGGCCGCGUCGACUUGAAAUCUUUCCUGCACCCCAUAGCCAGCUUCUCGCACUGUAUUGCUCACACAUACUCUCAUAUACAGCUAUGGAAAAUAAAGUAAGACCCUCGUCGCGUUUUUUGUCAGAAUCGAGCUCAACGAAAGAGCUCCUCACCACAGUUCUU